CCUCCAGUCUAAACACCAACUAAACACCACCCUAAACAUCCCCUUCGAUGCUCCCGCCCCACCUUCACCUUCAAUCCGCAUUUUGAGGCGAUGGAGAGGCCAUUGAAGAGGCGCCGAACGUCUCAAGAUCCGGACGAAACAGGUACUGACAACCUCGAGCAUGACCGGCGCCGGAACGAUCACCGACUCAAGUCUGCAUUCGAGUCCAUUAUUCUUAAAUAUUCCCGGGACUUUAGUGCAGUCGGCGAUGAGAUUGACCUACGGACUGGCCAGAUUGUCGUCGACAAUGGCCACCUCUCCCACAUGCGAGAUGAGAACGACGUGGGCGCUGCAGAUGAGGAAGACGAUGCUGUUGCAUUUCUAAGAAGUUUUGCAGAACAAUUUCGGGAGGAUGAAAUCGACACUGGCGGUGAAGACGACAGUGGCGAUGAAGAGGAGAGUAGCGAAUAUGAGCUGGUAGAUGAGCUGGUGGAUGAGAACGGGGAGGAUUUGAGGACGGAUGUUGGCGACGAGGGAAACGCUGCGGCCGAAGCAUACGCUCACUCGGUCGAAGCGAUAUUGAGGCAGACACGAAUACAAACCGGCGCUCCUGGCCAAGAUACACCUCCGAACGACAGUGCCGACGUUGACCAUUUCGAAUUGUGGCCCUCCCAAUCCGCCGAAGCGUCGAAUACGAUCCCUCUCGAUCCAGCAUUAGACGAGCCAAACAGCGACGUGAUCCAAGGGCCUGUGGAUUGGAAAGAUGCACCUCCGAUAGAGAGGUAUUCAAGUCCUGUCACCCAGCAUCAUUCCCCUCAAGAUAAGCCACUUGAUGGCUCAUAUUUACAACGCUACGCGAAGACGCUGGUAUCCCAAGUAUCUAACUUCAUUGCCCAACUUCCAUCGGAUGAGCGGCAAAAGAAGCAGAAGUCAAUUCUAAGGGCCGCUCUCCAGAUGCAGCAGAGCCAGCUUGCAGUGCCACCACUGAAGGCGAAGAAGAAUCCUUCAGUGUGGACAUUCAGUCGUCCAGAGAAACGAAAGCGGAACGAUUACGAUUCUGAGGAGCUGGAGUACGAUGCCGCGGAUGACUCGAUUGAUGACUACGAACCACCCGAUCACUGCGAUUCCUGGAAGGAUGUUGCAGAUAGCUACGAUCCGUUUGGCAUAUUCGAUUUGAACUUUGUGGCCCGAUCUCGCUAUCCUCAAAAUGUUAAGCGUCCUCGGAAGCUUCUGCCGUUCACACCCAAGGAUGAGGAGCUCAUUUCUCACUUACGAGACCAUUGCAACUUUGGGUGGCAUGAUAUUGCAUCGUAUUUCACGGACAAGAACCUUAACCAAAUCCAAUACCAUUAUUACACGAAGAUCCGCUCGGACGACUGGAGAGAGAAACGGGGCCGUGCAGAUGAGGAGGGCGCCCAGGCCGAGCUGCUUGCCGAGAGACGACAACAUGAAAGGGAUGCCCAAGCUUCACGAACAUGCGUUUUCCGAAAGGAGCUACAAGACAAAAUGUUCGAUUUGAUCUGGAAGAUACCACGCAAGCCAAAGUCUUUGUCGUAUUUCUCAAUCUACUCCAAGCCGGGGUAUCCUUCAUUGGAGGUGCCAUGUUAUGUGAAAGUUACGGUUACUGGGGCUACGAACUGGCAACACCCGGGCUCGAAGAUAUCGGAGUCAGCGGCCAAUGAACACGACGACCGAGCGUAUAUGCAGGAACCGGCACUGAAACACCCCCCUUCUUUUGCGCUGCUACCACCGGAGCCCGUCGUGGACCCCUUUGCAGCCUAUGUACCCUCCUCUAUUAUCAUGAACCCGCCAUUCUAUGGCUACAUGGAUCACCAAGAUCAGCCAUACAAGGAAGUGCGAGGAUAUUGGGUCGCCCACCAAUUCUGUCCCAUGAAGGAUCAUCCGGAUGGCGGCGCCUGGGCAUCCGUAUCGACGUUUCCGGGCACACUUACAGUUCCUAUUGAAUCAGAGAAAAUGGGCGCGGACGGCGAGAACCUAGAUGCAGGACUUGUGGACCAGCUGUCGCGUAGUGAGGAUAUCGCUGUGCUAUUCUCCCAAUGUGAUCCCGAAUUCCUGGCAACGCAGCCACGGAAACCAUGGGAGCGAAAGAUCGUACCGAAGCUCUCUCCGCUGGUCCAUAGCCUGCCCGGCCCCGACCCACGCCUGAUACUGUCACGCGAAACAAAGGACCCUUUCGCUCCGGAUCUACGUAUGGGUGAUGCCACCGCAUACAGUUCUUAUCAUCAAGAAUUUGGCCGGGCGCAAUUCUUCGAGGCGCAGAGAAAAACGCCGGUUCAUUUGCUACCACCUCGACUGCCAGCCGCUGCCCCAACCCCUACUGAUUACUUCGACCUCCAACAGCGAACUCAUCGCAUACCAUGUUCUCCCUACAUACGACCGGGCACUGCUUCCUCUUUGCAAACGGAGUCUGCUGUUGAGACCUCCAGACCGGCUUCUCGUGCUUCCUCUUUCCAAACGGUGUCUGCUGCUGAGACCGUCUCCAGACCGGCUUCUCGUGCUUCAUCGCAAGGCGGACCGGGGAAUGCAUUCAUUAACAUUUCUCGUAAACCGUGGCAGGGGCACGUUGGAGCAAACCAUCUACUCUCUGCUCCUAAGAAUCUUCCACCUACAGGUCGCUUUUCCGUUCCUGUAGAUCCAUCUCGUUUUGGGGGCAAUAAGAUCUCAGUACUUCAGCCACGAGCUGAUCAGGGGAUUAAUCCUUCCACCUUAAAUCCCUCUCGCCAUGGACGACUACCUACGCCGACUAGCGAGAUACACCAACACGGACAUCGAGGAGCAUUCGAUGACGUACCUCACGAGCAAGGGCUGCCUCCAACCUUUGGCCAACAAGCAAUGAAAAAUCAGAUCGCCGCGAUUCUUUCACCAAAGGACCCUGAAGCAUACACUUCCGAUGUUCCUCGUGUUCUGUCCCAGAACCCAACUCCUGCUCCAGAUAGCGUCGAUGCAUUGGUUGUAGAGCCCUCAAUUCGGGCCAGUCUAGAAUCUUUAUCACGCUCUGCGUCGGCUUCUCGCCCUUCCAAUACGACAGAGACACCAUCGGCAACGCCAUCGACACCCAACACGCCAGACGAAGUCUCCGCUGCCACACCUCUCUCCAACAGGGCUUCGGUCAACCAGUUCAAGCACCAAUUAAUUUCGCCGGCCACGCAACACCCAUACUAUACGCUCGGUUCCAGUGAUGCGACAGACUUUCAGCAUCAAAAGUGGGCCCAGUUUAAUCAAAAGAAUGCGUCGGACAUUAAACGGAACGAAGGUGUCGAGAUCAGUGAUUGGGCGAACGCGACCACGGCAUCUCAAAAUCUUUCGGCAGUGUGCGAUGAUUCCGCACGAACGGUAUCUAGUCCGCGACGGGCUCUUCAACCGGUACAAUCUCGGAUGCGCAAAGGCAUUAGCAACCUCAAGUACGCGUCAUUGGACGGCGCAAUGGAUUACGUUGAGAUCAAUGACAACCCCUUCGAUGAAUUAUCUGACAAGGUCGAGAACGUGCCGGAUAUCCCGCACGAGGACGAAGAAAACAGGCUGUUCCGAUCAGAGGCCCCUCAACCGUCCAGCGCCUUGCAUGUCCGAUCCGAAUCUAUGGAAGUUGAACUGGAGCCUCCCUCACCGAAAUAUAUCCCUCCCGUCCCCAUCACUCGUGGUCAUUCAAGACGCAAAACAAGACUCCCGCAGUUCUCUGGUUCGGAAGAUGAACUGGCUUAAGAACUUUGUCCGUUGGUUGCUCACAUUGCCCUGCAGGAAGGAUGAAACGACCUUCUUACCCGACGCCAAGGAUAGGACGUUCACAAAUAAUGCUCAUCAAAGUUGACGCUGCGCAACAACACGCCAACUACACAGGAUCGCAACCCUUGAUGACAGCGUUCAUCGUGGGAUAUUUAG